AUGGGGGGUCAGUGGGGGUCCUGGGCAUUGUUCAUGAGGCCGGUGGCAGAUGGAGAGAAACUGUUCUUGUGGCGUGAGGUUCUGAUCCUGAUGGACCAAAGCCUCCUGCCAGACUUUGUGACCAGGCUUUUUGUUCCUCCAGACCUCCCACAGCAACAUGUUUUUACAGAGCAAGAGGUUCUCACUGAGCAGCAGCUCUGUAACCAGAAGAGUAAUUCCAGUCUCGAUCAUGACAACCCAGAACCUCCAGUGAUUAAAGAGGAAGAGGAGCAGCUUCCACAGAUUAAAGAUGAACAGGAGGAGUUCUGCACCAGUCUAGACCAGGAGGACCUGGAGCCUCCAAAGAUUAAACAGGAGCAGGAGGAACUCUGCACCAAUGAUGAGCGAGAGCAGACUGUAGUGAAGCAGGAGACUGAUACCUUUAUGGUGACUGUUACUUAUGAGGAAAGUGACCACAGUGAACCAGAACCAAACAGUGACCAGCUCCUGUCUUACCAUUCACCUGUGGCUGAGAGUCCAGAUCAGGAAGGAAGCAAGCAAGUAAACCCAGGAUUAACUCGAAAUGCAGAGCUGAAGUCAAAAAAGAGACAUAACAGUAACAGCACUCACAGUAACAAUGCUUACAACUCUCCCAUGUCAGAGAGUCACUGUGAUACUGACACAGGUAGAAAGUCUGUAACAUGUGAUGUCUGUGGAAAAGCCUUUAAAGGUAAGUCAAAAAUGAAGGAGCAUCACAGAACUCACACAGGUGAGAAGCCGUUUGCUUGUGAAACAUGUGGAAAAGUGUUCAGUCAGAGUUGUAAAUUGAAAGUCCACAUGAGAACACACACAGGCGAGAAGCCGUACCUUUGUAACACCUGCGGAAAGAGAUUUAGUGAUGUUUCAGCAUUUAAAAAGCAUACAGCAACGCACACAGGUGAGAAACUAUAUACUUGUACAACAUGUGGGAAAAGUUUCAGUCAAAGUGGUAGUUUGAAAGUCCACAUGAGAACGCACACAGGUGAGAAACCUUACCUUUGUAACACGUGUGGGAAAAGAUAUAGUAGAAUUUCAGGGCUUAGAAAUCAUAUGUCAAUUCACACAGGUGAGAAACCAUAUGUUUGCAACACUUGUGGAAAAAGAUUUUCUGACACAUCGGUACUUAAAAGGCAUGCAGCAAUCCACAAAGGGGAGAAGCCAUAUUCUUGCGAAACAUGUGGAAAUGGUUUUAGUCGUAAGGAUAAUUUGUUACUCCACAUGAGAAUCCACACAGGGGACAAGCCAUACAUAUGUAAUACUUGUGGGAAAAGAUUUAGUGACCUUCCAGCAUUUAAAAGUCACACAGCAAUUCACACUGGUGAGAAGCCGUACUCUUGUCCAACAUGUGGGAAAAGUUUCAGUUAUAGCAAAACCUUGAAAGUCCACAUGAGCAGUCACACAGGAGAAAGACCAUACCUUUGUAACACUUGUGGAAAAAGAUUUUCUGUCCCAACACAACUCAAGCGUCACAUCAGAACUCACAAAGUUGAAAAGCUUUACUCUUGUGAAACAUGCGGGAAAAAUUUCCGUCAAAAUCAUAGUUUGACUGUCCACAUGAGAACUCACACCGGUGAGAAGCCAUACCUUUGUAACACCUGUGGAAAAAGAUUUUCUCACUCUGCAGCAUUCAAAAGGCAUAAAGCAACCCAUGCAGAUGAAAAACUGUGUUCUUGUAACAUAUGUGGGAACACUUUCAGUCAAAGUAGUAGCUUGAAUGACCACAUAAGAAUCCAUACAGGUGAGGAGCCAACACUCAGAGACACCUGAGAACAAUAAUCUGGGAACACACAAGAACCAGUCACAACUGCCAAGGACUCCUCACACCUGUAAAUUUGGGUGUGGAACUAUUUGGCUCACUCAGAGCAGAAAACAAAGACAGACUUGUAUUUAUCUGGCCAUCUCUGUAGUGCACCAGGUAACAAACCUGAUGAAUGUUUGCAUCCAAAAGACAAUGUACUUAUUGUAGAUGCUCAAUGUCCAAAUAUUUAUCUUGAAGACUUUAUUGAAAAGGUGCUUCUAAAGGUUUUUGACUUGUGAUCUCUCAUGGACAGAACCCUAACACCACCUCUGGAGGUGCACACAUUUCUGAUUGGUUAUAGAUGCUGAUGUGAAUGUAAAGUUACCUAUUGUGCCAUAGUUGUGUUAUUGUUUGCUGAGUAGCAGUAAUUAAUAAAGGCUGAACUGUGGUGAAUCUGGAAGUUUAUGUCUCCUCUAUAGUUCAGUGACAACUCUCCUGUCACUGAAAACACAACCAUCAUGAAUAUUUGUUGUGCACCGGUUAGUUGUUUUGGCAGCAACUGUAUUUAUUUUCAAUAAACAAGAGUAUGUUGUUUUGAUACAAAGUUAUUGAAAUGUUCUUAAAUAAAGAAAAUUAAAGUCUGUCA